AUGUCUAGAUAAUAUCAAAACGAAUUAUCUAAGUCCGUCAAUCAAGAUUACAUUCUUGAUUAAUAUAAAGACUCCUUUCGCUAUUAAACAAUCGAACCUUCAGAAAAAUACUCUAAAAGGCACAAAAUAUCUCCAAUCAUUCGAAAAUAAGUUUAAUAAACUCGAUAAAUUCCAAUCAACUUAGAUGUUUAUCUUGAUUCUCUCACUACUGCAAAAUCUUUAAUGAAUUAAAAAGUUCCAACAAAUGUAUAUUAAACUCUUAAAAAUAACUCAGAUGAAUAAAAAUAAAUGGGAAUAAUGGGUAUGAUUUUAAUCUAUAAUUUAGACUAAUUUUAUUCUUAUCGUAAAUAAAAUAUAUAGAGAUCAAUAAUUAAGCCUUCAACAAUUUUCAGAAAUAAACUACCACAAGAAAAUUUUGAAUAAAACACUGAAAAUUUACUAUUCUCAUCUUCUAAAUAAAACUAGAGAAUAAAAUCCGUUCCUUUCAAAAUUUAUUAUUAAACAUAAAAUGAUAGAAUUAAAUAAAAAACAUGUAAGAAAGAAAAAAUUUUAUUUGUAAAUAAAUUUAGAAGUAUAACAAAAGUUAUAGGAAGAUUCCUUUUAUUAUAUUUUAGAUUUGCACUUAGAAUAUGCUUUGACUUUUAAACAUAAAGAGCAAAAAUUCAUAACUUUAAUAAUUUAAAAAAGGCAUUUAAAAUUGAAAGAAAAUUCAAUGAUUAAUAUUUUGAAAAAAUUUAAUAGUGGUCGACUGCGGCAUUUAAAAAAAUAGUUUUUUAUAUGUAAAAAAAUUAUGAAAAUAAAAAAAAUGAUGAAUUAAUUGAUGAUAAUAAAAUAUUAGAUUAAAAUUAACUUUGGUGUUUGAAUUAUGCCAAGUUUCUUUUUUAAAAUAUAGAAUUAAUAACAAGAGAAGGAAAUAUUCCAAAAGAAAUUGUUUAAGAAGUAUCAAAAGCUNGUAGAUGUAAAUUGGUAGAAAUAAAUAUGGCAUGA